UUCGAACUUCGCGAAUUUUCGUACUCCGUGAAACUUCCAUCUUCUUCCACCCGCUAUACGCGCAAUAUCGUAGCUGAGGUAUAUUACACAUUACUGCAUAAGUGUAAAGCAGACACGCCGCUUAUACGUACUAUAGAAUUGCUCACACAUAACUCGAUUUCAUACCUUAUUGUGUCUUUAGUCGACAAACAUUAGUCAAUCGCACGUAAACUCCUAUUUCGCUAGCAACCAAUUUUCGUAAACAUGCAGAGAGUACCUUCCUUUUUUUGCAGAAAUAUGGCUUACUUGAGUCAAGUAAGAAUGACCGGUGAGCGAGGAUCUGGUGCUGGCAAAGGAGGUGGUGGUGGUGGUUCCAUCCGUGAAGCUGGUGGAUCAUUUGGAAAAAUGGAAGCUGCCCAUGAAGAUCAGUACUUUUACAAUCAGCAAAAAGAACAACUAGCAAAAAUUAGAGAAGGCUUGCAUGAUGAGAUCUCAUUCCAUGAAGAACAAAUUCAACGCCAUCAGGAAGCCAUCAACCGUCACAAGAAAAGAAUGUCUGAAAUGGAAGGAAAGCAAUAAAUUCUAGAAGGAUAUAUUUAUUGUUUGGCAAAAAUAAUAUUUGCAAGUAAAUAUAAACAAAGAUUAAACUUGUUGAGUGUUGAGUAUUGCUACGUGUGAUUUUUUCUAUUUAACAUUUAUUAUUGUAAGUCAGCAGCUUGAUAAUGAAUGGUUUUGAUUUACUUUUACAAUGUUCAGUCUAUGUUGAUAUUAAAAAUAUGUGUAAGUUUAAAAAUAAAUAAAACUAUGAAAACAUUUCAUGAUUAA